CGUGAAUGAUAAACAAUUGCAUAUUAAAGAAGUCGCGGUUUAUCAUUUAGCUCAAAAGAUGUGAGAGAGAUAAACCUCUCCUUUUGUUUGGAACGCGAGGUUUUGUUUGUCCACUUACAUCACAACUUAAAGCUGUACCAGCCGUUGUGGUUUCCAAUCUUUCUGUUGGUAAGGAGUUUACGAUGUAAACAUCGUUCUUUCUUUGAUGGUUCAAUAUUUACAUACAGAAACACUGGGUGCAUUUUGUUCGUAUCAACGCGAGAAGUUUCCACAAGAAUGAAUUUUUAAGCGAAUUAUUAUGACCUCUCGGCAGUUGGCCAAACUGUGGUGAGUCUCUGAACUGCGUGUUCCUUGCCGACACAAUCAACUUGUACGAAGGAAUGUUCCCUGUACCAUUGAAGUCAGCAGCUUGUUCCAAAGCUAUAAUUCAACAUCGCAACGGGCACAACAUUCUCUGAACAGAACGCGAAAGGUUACAAACAUAACUUGCACUUAAACGCAUUUGGACUUCAAACGCGUUCACUUUGGAUGACAAAAGGAAACUUCAUCCCUCGCCGGCAAUUUGUGUUUGCUUUGUUUUAUACACAUGCUGCAGACAGCGCGGAAAGAACUUCCGUCUCUGCUCCGAAUAAUUAAAUAACACAAGAACUACUCUCCAACUUUGGUCAUACGCGUUGGCGUUUAAUAAUGUGCCGUCGUUUUUCUUAAUGAUGUCGAAAGUUGACUACAUCUUCUGGUUCGCUGUGUUGACUUUCGUGGCACCGCUGGUCAACCCAAGACCCAGAAAUUCAAGACAACCGGGUAAGUUAUUUUAUUUAUUUUUUUUUUUUCAUGCGAUUAUGACCUUUACGUAAAAACGCUUGUACUAGCAAUACUGAGCAAUAGCAAUAUAGCGGCAGUUUGUGUUUAUCAAUUUUUUGUUGCACAGCGUGCAACUUCUCAAACAUUUGUUCAAAAUUUCUUGUGAAAAAUAUCUCUUCUAUAACAGUUAUUAAACUGUUUGUGCGUUUUCCGAGGUCAAAAUGAAUUAGACCAAAUGUGUGUUAAUAAUCGAUAGCGAUAUGUUGAUGCCAGUGAGGUUUUGUAUUGUGUUUCAACUAAUUUCUAGGGGUAUCCCAGACGGGACUGUCUUAUUUUAUAACCCCAUUAAUUCUCCACAAAAUUUACGUUCAUCUUGUGUUUAGCUAAAUUAUUAAUUGAAACAAAGGUUUAGAUAUAACGAGGCUUUGAUGUGGACAGGCUCAUUGUAGCGUUGUAGGCAGAUUAAAAGCCCAAUGGAAAAACAGAUCAGUGUUUGAAAUUCUGUUUUUGUGUACGUUGUGCAUGCGAAUUUUAUUGCCUCGUUUUUACUGUGCUUUGUAGCGUAUUCAUAGAUUUGUUUGCAAAAGUGUAGUUCAUUGCAAUUUACAGCUUUGAUAAACAGCAAAUUCACUAACAGGCAAUAAUACUUUUGUCGAAACAGCCAGCGGUCUCCGGAUGUGUUAUCUCAGCAUUUACUUAACUCUCCUGAUCGGGUUCUAAAUGUUAUAAACUUUGUCGUAGUAAGACUUUUCGUAUUUCAAAGAACCAAAUCAUGAUCGCAGGAAUAUCUGUUCGAAAGUCUCCUGUCAACAUCAAAAUUUGUAAUUUAAAUUAGGCUUUGUAAAAUGUCCUCGCCCCCAACCGGAAUUGGUGCUCUUCGAUUUUUGAAAACAGAAAACGCAGCUGGUGAAUUUGUGCAUAUUAAAGAUAUUUUAACAAAACUAUUCCUCUGUACCGUGGAAGUACUAUUUAUUAUAGUGUAACUUACGGCUUUUAAUCUCAGCGGGUAGAAAGUGAAAGUUAAGGGUCUUUUCUGAAAUAUCGAUAAACAGAUUGAAGAACCAUGUGAAAAAGUGCUAAAAAGGUAAUCUGAGAGGUCACACCGCGCGUUUUGUUCGCAGUCUGACCAUGACUGACGAAGAAAAACUGAAAAAUAGGAAAUGAUUAUAGUUAAAUUAUAUUAUUACUCCCGAGGCAAACCGCAUUUCCCCGGUCUGCCACCGUGACUUAACAUUAACUUGCUUGCACUUUGUAAUAGGCAUUGUAACAACUCUUUGGUACGAAAGCUACACCUUCCUGCCAACAUUGUGGCGUAGAGAUGGGCUUUAAAAAAACCACUGUUCGCGGGUUUGAACCGCAGUUUGCCACUGUUAAAUGAAUUUGAAGACUUAACAGCCUAAUAUUCAUUCUUCUUUCGUGUUCCGUUCUUACAGAAAAGUGGUCGAAAUUACAGUGUUCGUCUAAUAACAAUCCUACAAGUCAACAGAGACGUUGAACAAACAAAUUGUUUUAUCUUUAUUUGACCGGAAUAGACAGCACACAGUGUACAUACUGUGUAUUGCUGUUAUGUCCAAACAACGCUGCAUGGAACUGUAAACAAUAUCAAAACAAGCUGUCGUACAUCUUAGCCUCCUAGCCCAAGUUAUCAAUUUGGAUUGUUCUUUUUUUUUAUUUAAGUGUAAAGUUUCUUCUUUUGCAUAGAAAAGAGGUGUUUCAGCGCAAAGUUAGAAAGAAAACAGGGAAUUUGAGUAGAACGAACUUAAAGCAACGGGAUAAUAUUGGCUGUAACAGCCGUAAAUUUAAAGAUGAAAUACUAGUAAUGAAAAAAGGAAGUGCGUAUUAAUUGGGUUAAAAUAUUUUACUAAUUAUAAAUCAUAAAAGGAAAUAUAUGAUUAUAAAGAUGAUAACAUUAAAUAGCGUUAAUUUCAAUAACAACGUUCUGAAAGGCUGCCUUGAAUUAUAGUUUUGUGGAUGAAAUCUUGCGGUGUAACCAAUCAAAUGAUUUUAAAAAAAUAUAACCCUCGGUAUAUUCAAACGUCGGAUAGCGCUAUCCAUCGGAUGAAUUACUAUCCAGAUGGUUAGUGUUAUAUAGGAAACCCAACUGCGUUGUCCACUGGAUAGAGAUUUAUCCAGUGGAGCGCGUUAUCCACUUUUGAACAACUGAGGCCAGUUUGAGAAUUUGUUAAAUUUAAAGUUCGGCACUCAUGGAAAAGGAUUUUAAGAUUACAUGCAAUCUCGGAUAAGUGUCUCACUCGCACAGCGCAGUGGCGAUCCAGGGGAGGCCCCCCUAUUCUUAGACCAAGAGACCGCCCCCCUCCCUUAUCUAAGGGUCUGGAUCCGGUACUGAAGUGGAAGUUUGGCGGGGAAAUUGUGAGCGUCUCCCCAUGAAUUUCCCAGUCACGAAGUUAAAUUAGUUCUCAUUUAAACUGCCUUCGCCUUUGGAUGAUAUAAGUUUUUGUUUUACAGAGAUUGUAUUUCCAAACGGCUUGAUAAUAAAGCGGAAAUGAAACUGCCAUUCGCAUAGUAUAAAUCUAAAAUGAAGUGGACAACGCGCACAUAAAUUAAAACUCGUCUACUACUAGAUCUCUUCAAGUUUCUUCAGUUUAUGCGAGUCAUUUCUUAUUUUCAGCAUUUUUGUUGACAUUUCUCUAUACUCUAUUUUUUUAGGAACUCUAACAGCUUGCGAAAGUAGACGGCACCUUUCUGAUCCUCAAGGUACUUUAAGUAGCCCUAAUUUCCCAGGCUCAUAUCCUGCAAACUCCUCUUGCACCUGGAUCAUAACGCCCCCGCGACAUGUGAAUUUGUCUGUGCGAUUCAUAUCGUUCAAUGUCAGUUCUGACUCUAAACAAUGUGAUGGAAAAAAGUGUGGAUGUGACUUCGUUCACGUUGAAGAACUUGACCCGCCAUAUAAUGUCGCAGGUUUAAACAGCAGAUUUUGCAACGACAAUCCGCCGAAUUCGGUGUAUAAUUUAAUGUCUAGAGUGAGGAUUCGUUUUUCUUCGGAUUCUGCAAAAGAAGGAAUGGGGUUUCAACUAACAUAUCAAACGCUCGAGGUUCCAACUACGGCUCCUGUGACUUUUGACUUCACUCAAGUGCAAGCUCAAAUAGGAGGCGGAGGUGCACUGCCUGUCAAUCAAACAGUUGCCACAACGACGGUGGCAACCAGUAACUUUACAGACCCUCCAACGCAAUCAAUGACGUCACCCACUACUACGUCUGGUGUCAAUAAACCUUUGUCUACGUUUACAAAUGAAGUUACAACGAACACGGAUGGGUCUGUUUUACCGUCUAAGAGUUUACCAGUCACUGGAGUAAGAAGGACUAGGACAGAAACCACUCACGUUGUGAUGGUUGUUGAGAAGAAAAAAGUCAUAGAGAAAGUUCCAGAUAUUAUUAUCCUUGGUCCUUCUGUCCCUGUAGUUAUGAUAUUUGUUCUGGUUGUUGCCGGCAUUGCUUGGUGGAAUUACAAGUUUGACACCGACGAACUUAACAGGUAUGCAGUACAAUAUAAACUUAAUUUUAGGCAAGCUUGGGCCAUUUACUCACCAAAAAUUAUAAGAAAAGAUUUCCAAUUCGCUUAAGAAAAUACUAAAAACAUUUAUGGCCAUAAAAAGUAUUGUCCAGAGGGUUUGAAUGGUCACACUAUAGGAUUUUCACAGACGUGAACGUUUAACUCAAAUGUUAGAACUACGUACUAAACAAAUAGUGCCAUGUGAAGAUACAGCUGAAGAGGUUUCAUUUAAAUGGUAACGACAUAGCAUUUCAUCCACAGACGCAAAAGUUAGAGUUAAUUGCUCACGAAACAAAUGGUAACACAUUGUGAGAGUAUAGCUGAAGAGGUUUCGUUUGCAUGGUCACACCAUAGGAUUUUAUCGAGACUCAAAUAUUAGAACUGCCCACUAAACAAAUAGUAGGUGCAUGUUCUCAAAGGACAGCUGAAGAGGGUUUACUUGCAUGGUCACGAGUUAGGUUUUCUUCCACGCACAAAGUUAAGACUGUAAAGUACAGUUCACACCAGCAUCUUUAACACUUUCUCUCGGUUACACAGAAUGGAAGGGUUAAAGGCGGAGGUCCAGUUUAGUUAGAAACGAGUAUAGACAACUAAUAAGAAGGCUAAACUACGGCUUUUAAAAGAAGUCAAUUUACAGUGGUAUCUGUCGUUCUUGGAUUGCCUGUGCAACUGUCAGCGUGCGGUCACAGAAUGGUAGUCACGCGUAUACAGUUUAGGGCUUGGCUGGUUAUUUAACCAUGUUUUUACUAGGUAUGGCACCGCGCUACCACCCGAGGUAAAAUAGAGACGGCUUUUUUCAUUGUUCGUUUUUUGUACUUGAGUAUGAUCAAAAGCUGACUUUCCUUUUUAGACACUUCAGUCAAAUGAGUAGCCGGUCCGAUCUGGUUAGUCACGAAACUGUCCUACUGGCCCAGCUAAACCAUGCAUACAACUCGCCCAUUGUGCUCUUGAAUUCUGUCGUUACUAGUAAGUUUUAUUUUCAGUUGAAAGCGAAGUUAAAAAAUUGCAGCCAGUGUUAUGGGAAAUUUUCAAAACUACAAUGCUGGUGGACACAGUUCUUUUAAAAGGAAAAGUUAAUUGCUGUUUUGCCUCGGGGUUUUACGCAGGUGCACAACAAAUGUGCCGGAUAUUUAAAUGAAAUCUCCAUUGUUUCAAGACAAUCGGCCUUCAAAUGUGUUUUAGUAGGUGAAUUAAAAAGAUUCAGGUUUUUUGUUCUGUUCUCAACCUGUUUGUUUUUUCUUAAUAAUUUUUUUCGGUAAACAUUGUAUAGAACUGUCUUUCAAUAACCCGAUCCAAAGAAUUUGCGGUAGUUUAGUUUCUCUCAGCAAAGUUGCCGUGUUAAAUGUAUGAAGAAAAAUGCCAACCAUUCUACCAAUAAAACGGGAAAAAAGACUAAAAGUAAUACAAAAUAACGGACUGAAGAAAGUCAAGAAACCCAUGAAAUAACACUUUUGUAAAAGGCUAUACCAGACUCACGAAGGACGUAAAGUAAAUAAAAUUCGUAAAAGGUGUAAAACAAAAGAAGUUUUAGACAAUGAUCUAGAUCCCAUUGCAUUUGUUUUCCUAUGUUAUAGGCUUUUUAUCUAUUGCCAUUAUGUAUUUUUAUUUAUCACUUCGCAAACUGCCUUUAACAUCUGUACAAGUAGUCGCGAAUGCUCCAUUUUUAAGUCGAACCUUAAACUCGGCGAACAGUAAUAGAGAUGUAGUCAAAACCGUGUUCUUUUUUAUCUUUCAUCUUUAAUUCCUAAAGCUUGUUUUAUAAAACCUUUUUUGACGGUUGUUUCGGUGACCUGAAAAAUCAACCUGAACGUGCCGUGAAACACCGGAGGGCGGAGUUCAUGAUGUUACAUAUCAGAUAAUGCCUGAGCUCUGAGGCCUUCUCAAAAAUAAUGACCGAGCGCGAGCAAAAAAAAAGAAAUUAAAGACUUGUAGGAAGGCUUUUUUGUUAAAUUAGUCCUUUUAUAUUUUAGUCGUUUGACUGGAAAGCGUUUUUUAUCGAUUAGUUAUUCACGGUAAUUGUUAUUGUUGUUGUUCAGUGCUUGUUAGUGAAAAUGUCCACUAAGCAAAGCUCUUAAAUCAAUCGUCUCCUUAGUCACUAACCGUUGGUUCUGUUUCAGAUAUGAGUCCUAUACAAGGAGUAGUAAAGCCAAAAAUCGAUACAAGAAAAGCAUGCAAAAUCUCAGGUGAAUACAUAAAUUUCUCGUGUUUCCUGUGCUUUUAUAUUUAUUAUUUACGCUUGUGUUCUUGUCCUUUGGUAAAGUGUUUCUGGUAGUAUAUAUGUUUGGGCCCUGUCAACACUAAUGCGUUUCCAAAAUUAUGCGUUUUCGUUUUCAUCGAAAAUGCAUUACGGGGCCCUACUUAAUGUAUACAUUCUGUUAGCCUGUUCCAGGCUCUCAAAUAGUGGGGAAGACGCGAAAGAGACUAUCUCGGAGCCUAGAACAGGCUAACUUUCUGUCUGCGUCUUUUUCAGGAAAAAUAACUCUUUUUUUUUUCAUUUUAGCAAAGGAAAUUUGUAUAAUGAGAUGACGAAAAACUGGAAAGGACAGUCAUUUAGUGUGGGAACUGGGUAAGUACAAUUAAGUAAGUGAGGCCGCACUCACCUUGGAAAAUGAAUGAGGACGAUUGAAGGGCUAGCAUGUAAGGGACCUGCGCAAUGAGUCACAGAAAUCCCACGCAGUAAAAUAGCCAAAUGUAACGUUUCGAGAGCUACCGCAGUAAAGUUAAAUUUUAAAUGCCUCCACGAUAAUAACCAUUUUUCUCUCCGUGUCAAUCCCCCACUGAGACAGAAUAAGUGCAUAGCUUCUUUAGAAACCAAGUGCUUCAUCCAUUAUUGUUCCCAACUUUUUGAAUGAUGAUUAUACGCCAUGUAAUUCACACUGUAAUUUAAAUAGCUUAAUUCGCACAAUAAUUCUUAUUUUACGACAGCUGGUACUGUUUGGAAAAUAUUUCUUUUUUUUUUCCUUUCCUUUCUUUAAAUUUGUCUCUUCCCGAGCCUGGAUUAGGCUUUUCUGUUCGCGGGUGGAAGUUAUCGUGAAUGUCUUAAAUUAUAUGUGUGAAUGAAAGAAUGAAGAAAGUUGAAGUUUUGAAGUUGACAAUAGACACUCUAGCAAUCCUUAAAAAAGUUUUUUUUUGUUCAGAUAUAGGGGUAGUCCCAUGGUUGGAAAAAAGACUUCAUUCGCUGGCAGGUUUCUAGAAAUAGCUGAGGGGUAAGUCAUAAUACAAACAACUUUCUAUAACGGGCAUUUAUUUUGGUUUCAAAGAUAGCAGACUUCCUACGGCGAUCCGUAAACCCACAAUAAGGAGACCGUUAAGAUGCACACAUUUACUCUGUCCCUUUGGUGUCCCUAUUAGGGAGCUUUCACUUCAUGUAACAAGCCUCGGACAGUCCCUUCACGGGACAUUUCACUUAAACGUUAAAGACAAACCGCUUAAAGCUGUGUUCAAUUCGCCGCUAUAAAAAGAAGAAGGAAACUAUGCCGAGUUAGCCGAGUCUUGUGGGACCGUUACUGGGGACGCGCCAUUUAGCUAUUGGCCAAUUUGUUUUUCCCUGUCUCCAGUAACAGUCCCAGAAUUCUUUGCAGUUUCCAUCUCGCUUCUGAAGUUGCAAAUUAGUUGGAAUCUUCUGCAAUAAGAUCACACAAAACGAUUCGGAUAAAUCUCUGCUAUGGGAAUUUAAGAGCGUGGAGUGCUUCAUUCCUCGGAAUAUUGUACCUCAUGCAGAAUGGCAUAUGUUGAAAAGUUAUUCCAGAAUAAAGGGUGUUUACAUUGGUGUUAUCGACGGUAACAACACCGCCGUGAAAAAUACGGUUUGAGAGAUAAACAGCAUAUCCGCUUUCUACUUAAAAUUUAUCCGCGUUCUUCAGUGAUAGAAUCGCAGGAUUUGACGCAUUACCGGUUUGUAAAACAUCUCAGAUCCUUCAGAAUUAUUAAAAGUUAUAAAGAUGUUGCUUUAUAAGAUUCCGCGAUCUCUGAGUUCAAAUGGCGGAAGGGGUACUUCAGAAUAAUUAAGACUUUUUAAACUGUCACAUUACUACUCUCUCCUCCGCCGUUUAAGAAAAGACGUUUUUGAUCGACGCACGUCAACCGGAAGUGAGGCCUUCUACCUUUCGAUAUGCCUUGACGCUAACAAAUUUGAAUUUCUAAGUUUCUUUUCUCUUACAAAGACGAUUUACCCGAGAGUUUGAAUCAAACCACUGCCCAAGGAUGCAAAAAGUCCACUUUCGGGUGACGUCCGUCGCUCAAAAACGUCUUUGUCUAAGCUCCCUUUUGUGUCGUAGGGAGGCAGGGGGAAGGAAAAAAUGAAUGCGUCCCGCGCGCUUGCCAUUUUUCGAUUAUUACUGUUUUUAUAGGAUAACCAGCAGGAGCCUCUGUGGAGGAGAGAGACAUAACUAUGUCAAUGCCCUUUUUUUUUUCAGAGUCAUCACUCCCCGGCCUUCUCGACCACCUUCGGCAGAAUUGGCACCGCUGACCAAGUCUCCUCCUGAAUCACCUACAUUCCUCUCCCCUAGCAACGCGCGGGCUAACGCGGCUGGCGGAGGAUCUCGACCCAGCUCUCGCCCCGCUUCACUUCUGUUGAGGGAUGCCUUGAUUAAUAUGUUUGGAGGAUCAAGCGAAGGGUAAGAGAAACAUAAUUUUCGUUUAGUUUCCCUUUUACCACAGGCAGACCACCUUGAUAAGGGGUAGUUGCUUUUGUGUUGCUUCUUUGAACUUAAAGUGGAUUUCCACUGUUGCGUAAUUUUUAAGGGCGUACGCGUGUAAAAUUCACGUGCGUAGAAAAAUUAGAGGCAAUGUUUUAUAAAAGAGAGUGGUCAACUUCUUCCCACUAAUACUAUAGGAGAUGUAUGGAGACAACAGAGGUGUGUCGGGGUUUAAAGGAUUAACGUAUUUGGCCUUUGACAUGCAAAGUUGAAUGCUAUUGUGUGCAUGCCCAUUCAUAGCUGUCAUUUCUUCCAAUUUUCUCACGCCUUCACUUUCAAGACGACGGCUGACCAACUUAACUGUCAUACCUAGUGAAUACGCGUUGGGUUCCGGUAAUGGAAUCAUAGUGAGCCGUACCUGCAAUCUUGGACAAAAUAAAUGGAAAACCUAGAUCCCUCUUCCCCCCAAAUCAUGGAUGGGAAAAUGGCGCGUUUUUGCCCUUCGCGCGGCUUCAUCCUUGAUUUGGGGGGGGGAUGGGCGUUUGCUGUUCCAUUUUAUUUUGUCCAAGAUUGUGGCUUAUUAUCCCCGCAGGCCCUUUUUUCGGUUUUUUUACUUAAUACUGCAGUCCAUUUAUAACACUUACCUUUUUCUUAUAGUUCAAGUGAAAACCGAGACUCUGCCUCACCGUCAAAGCGAGCAUCUAAGCGAGUUUCAUUCAUAGACGAGUCGGGUCAGCCGCUGGUACAAACCGAGGCCAGUCCAUCAGAAGGGUACGUUUUCUGUUGUUGUUCAGAUUUUUUUGGUGUCUUCUUUGUUGGGUGUUCUCCGUGCGUAGGAACUGUAGUAAUCCUAUCCUUUCAUUCCUAUUAGUUUCCAGUGAAAAUAAAUUCCCAAAAAUUCCAAAUUUCUUUUGUAAAAACCAGAGAAAAGAAUAACACCAUGCCAAUUUUCUACCAAAGAGGUUUCACUGAAAUGGUAACACGACAGGAUUUCGUCCAAAGACUCAAAAGUUAGAACUACAGACUAAAGAAAGAGUACCAUGUGAAAGUACUGCUAAGAGGUUUUAUUUGAAUGGUAACACCAUGGGAUUUCAUCCACAGCCUCAAAAGUUAGAACUACAUACUAAAUAAAUAGUACCAUGUGAAAGUACUGCUGAAGAGGUUUCAUUUGAAUGGUAACACCAUAGGAUUUCAUCCACCGACUCCAAAGUUAGAACUACAUACUAAAUAAAUAGUACCAUGUGAAAGUACUGCUGAAGAGUUUUCAUUUGAAUGGUAACACCAUAGGAUUUCAUCCACAGACUCAAAAGUUAGAACUACAUACUAAAUAAAUAGUACCAUGUGAAAGUACUGCUGAAGAGUUUUCAUUUGAAUGGUAACACCAUAGGAUUUCAUCCACAGACUCAAAAGUUAGAACUACGAACUAAAUAAAUAGAACCAUGUGAAAGUACUGCUUAAGAGGUUUCAUAUGAAUGGUAGCACCAUAGGAUUUCAUCCACAGACUCAAAAGUUGGUACUACAUACUAAAUAAAUAGAACCAUGUGAAAGUACUGCUAAGAGGUUUCAUUUGAAUGGUAACACCAUAGGAUUUCAUCCACAGACUCAAGAGUUAGAGCCACAUCAUGAUACUAAAUAAAUAGCAUCACGUGAAAGUACUGCUGAAGAGGUUUCAUUUAAAUGGGAGUUAGGCUGACAAAUCAUCCCGCCAUAACUUGGUCUAGAGGUGAAAGAGUUUAUAAUGUACAAACUGAUUAGGUGUAAGGGAUUCUAAAACCUGGCUGUUCGUUGGUGUGUUAGAUAAGGAGAAUUUUGACGAAACUGCACCAUUGUACCCUCGCAGGAAUAUUUUUUUAUAAGAACAGUCUCAAGCGACUCAAUCACCAAACGCUUGGUUACGUCAGUGAUUUCGUCCUUCCCACAACAGUGAGGAGUAGAGAAUCUUUUGUUUAGCCGCAGUAGUAAUCGCGUAACAAAUGUAAGGCGGUGGUUCCAUUCUUCCCUUAUAUGAUAGCGUGACUAAAGAAAGUUGGGCGGUCGUACCUACUUGAUGCGCGAGUUCUGAAUGGCUGAUUAACUUAUCCGGCUGAAAGAAGUAUGCAAUAAAAGCUGAUUCUUAAAUUGUAUCUUUUAGAAUUGAAGAAAAACACGACAAAUUAGACCAAGGAACAUUUGAAGAGGCUCCUCAACCGGUAGUGAAGCCGAGGUUUGUUUUGAUAAUUGCCGGUAGUUAUUUCAUCUGUUGUUGUUAGUUUUCAAAGCCUGCUCUUAACAUUUUUUCGAAUUUCGUGGUUGAGUUUACCUCCCUGAGUAACUGGCCACCUUGUAAUGGAUUCCCUGCUUAAUCUGUGCAAUCCUUAAAUGGUCAACUGCAGCAUUCCUGAAAGUAAGCGAUCAGUUGUGAAACUAUCGUCCACUAAAGAUGAUGUUACACGGGACGAUAAAAGGAAGGACGACUUUUAACGCAACACGUCAUUUCAACAUUGUUGCGACAUUUUUUCGAAUGGUUGCAACAUUGUUCCAACAUUGCUACCCUGUGAUGCGCAAAAAAUCGUCCUUGCGAAUCGUCCCGUGUAACAUCACCUUAAGAGGCGAUGUCCACACGAAUCCGGACAAUUUGUAAACCGUAUAUUUUUUUAUCCGUAUUCGUGUGGACGGGGCCUUAAAUCGCUCUCGGUUUAAAAACAGUGCGCUUUCGGUGUCCAGGUUUACUGGUUUCGUGUAGGCGGGAGGCCGAUUCAUGUAAAAAGGUAUGCGGUUUAAAAAAAUCUCCGGAUUCGUGUGAACGUAGCCUGAUACUCCAAAAUUUCUAAUCAAUUGUCUCAGUAAUUUUAGUGGGAAACUAUCCAUUGUUCAGUUAUGUAAUACACUAAUGUAUAGGGCGAUUUUCGUAUCACCUUGAAAAAUGGUUUCGGUAAGUGUUCGUUAUUUUUUUUAUCAGCAAAUGGAUGAAAAGAUCAAAACACGGACUCUUCGUUUUCCCGCCAAAAAAAACCCUAAUAUGGAGAAAGUAUUAUUCGAUUGGCCAAUCGUGUUGUAGUAUGACGUCAAAGCAAAGUAUCAGUUGAUUUCUAGAAAGUUCUCAGGAGGGAAGUUUUUUCACCCGAGUGUUCGGCUAACCAACCAAAAGCCACGCGCGUUUGUAUCCGUUCGAUAAACCAAUCAAAUCGCUCUAUUUUCGUUCGUUUGUUGUUUCUGUUUUGUUCGCGCGUUUUUCAUCUCAAGGUCAUAUUAUUUUGAUCUUCUUGUGUAUAUUGUAGGAGGUUGCAGGUCCCAGCAAUCGUUGUGAGACAGCCAAGUGAAGAUAGUGAUGAUGAAGCACAGCCCCUGCCUGUCAGAAGAAGGAAAGACCCUGUACACGAGUAUGUCGAACUUGAAAGUUUACACUAUUCUCCAGCGCUACUUAAGAGAAUAUUUGUUAUUAGAUCCAGUCUCAACUUAUUUCGUUUAAACCAAUUUUCCCCGCCUGAUGAUGAAAAUGAGAUAUUAGAGAGAUUUCAAAUCACUUUUACAGCUAACGUUAUUGACAGUAGAGAGAUUUAGAGCCGCGCAAACGGCAAACGUGAAUUUUUACCACGUGGCCAAGUUUUCCCUUUACUAGUCUAUUGCAAUGUUCAUUACUUCUACAAAAUAUUAGUAGUGUCACGUUAGUUUUAUCCAUAAGAAUUGUUUUGGACAGUUUUUAUCUGCUCAUUUUCUAUUUUGAGAUAUUACCUGCUUGAAUCUCCCCGCCGUUUGCCGUUUGACGUAAACGUGACUCUAAAUCUCUCUAUUAUCACGUGAUCACAUCAGGUUUGACGCACCAGUGAUGACAUCCUCAGAGGAGUCCCCGGAUGUAGAGUCUUCCUGGCCCGUGUUUGAUGAAAAUGACGAAGAUGCGCUUGGACAAUCUGAAGAUGAUGACAGCCAAACGCCCACUUGGGAUGACCACGAGUAAGUAAACCGUCCUAAAACUCGCUUUCAAACUAUACUGACGUCUGCUAGAAGGAAUUUUAGGUGAAAUAAGUCUUGAAAUUACACAGAGAUGCGGGAAAGAAAUCUAAAAAAAGACUUUCUGUGAACAGCCAGAAUCUUAAAAAUAUCUGGCAUGAUUUUUUCAUCAAUUGCAAUAUGUUUUUAUAUUAUUAUUAUUUUAAAAGAAGUAUGCGGGGCGAUCACUUCUUUUUGUGUUUUAAUUAAUUAAUUUUGAAUUAAUUAAUUAAGCAUUCAAAUUUAUUAGCUUAUCCUUGCAUUACAGAGAAAAAUAUCCGGACUCCAGCUCAGAGGAGAUUCUAGAUAGAAGCCUGUAAGUUUUUUAAUUGUUAACUUUUUCAAACUGUCAAAAGCUUCACAACGGUCAGACGUAAAAAAUGUCCUCGUUUUUUGUUACCAAAGGUCAUUUCAUGAAAUCAGUAAGAAGUUAAUAGAGAAACUGCACUGAAACACGAUAACAAGCCGGUAAACUUUGUCCUUUUGAUCAUUUAAUUUUUCACUGCAUAUACGGCAUGCGCACAUUACGUUUGACUGUUGUUAAGUGAAAAGCAUACGCUUUUCAUUCUGAUCAUCUCUUGCAUUCAUCACAAUCUUCUUUUAAAAGGAGAAUUCAAAAAAGGUUUAAAGAAACUUACUGUGCAGCAAAAAAUAUACAACAUUGAGUUUAUAAAGCAUACAAUUUUCAUACCAUACGUGUCGUCAUUUUUGUUCACAGAAUAUUUCCCGAUCUAGAGGACUUCCUUCUCAACUUAGAUAAAGAUUCGGUUGAUGAACCGCCGUACAGCUGGUAGGUACCCUGUGCUCUGUGUUACCCUGCCUGUGAACUAAGACAUUGCACGACAUUGCAUAUAACCAGUCACUCACAACUUAAUAUUCUUCUAUUAUGAACUCAUUUAGCCAAAGUGUAGUAGCUAGCAAUAUCCGCUUGUUCCUGAAUGUUAAGUGUAGACUGAGUCAUCGAUGUGACACUGUUGUUUAGUUGAGAUGCUCGUGGCUUUUAUUUACUACCUGUUAUCACGGUUAUUGUUGCGACUGUAUACAACUGUCCCCAAAGGGGAGGUGAAUAGUGGUGGGCAUGUGUAUACCGAACUUCCAAGCAUCGAGAUAUAUUGAGGAGGAUAAUUAUUUUAGUGUUUACCAAAUCAGUUGGACACGGGAUUUUCUUCAUGCAAAUUCAGUGCGAAGUUAACACCGCUGAUACAGCUGCUUAAUUUAUCGCUAAAAUCUCGUCCUCCGAAACUGUCGUGAAAGGCGGGGUGUAAUUUGAUCUUCUGUCCUAAAUCAUUGAUUAGCCAAGGAUAUUCCGAGUUACGGGAGGCAAUCAAAACUGCGAAAAGUGCUAUCCACUGAUUUGGAAAGUAUUAAAUGACGAUAUCACUUUUUUUUGUCGAUCCAAUUCCUAAUGAAGAUUGAAGUUAAGUUUGAACAGAAUUCUGAGAAUUGGAAUUCAACACCUCGCAGUUGUGCUAACCUCAACGCAAUAAAAGAAACUUUUUAGAGUUGGCAUCAUGUCACACAAAUUUAUUUCACUGGUAAUCACAAAAUAUUUUUCUUACUUUUUUAGUGCAAGUCACGUGCGAGAUAUCUUAAGGAAAAGCUACGGUGACGAAGGACCAGGUGGCCUGGGACCUAGUGCUGUGCUUAAUGUGCCAGAAGGUAAAUAUAGCGAUGUUUGGUGUAGUUUGCGUUACACUCCUGAGCGAUGUUUGAGGUAGUUUGCGUUACACUCCUGAGCGAUGGUUGGUGCAGUUUGCGUGACACUCCUGAACGAUGUUUGGAAUAGUUUGCGUGACACUCCUGAUUUAUUAAAUUAAGGGUACGUUAAUCAGGCCGAUGAAAAAUUGACCGGACACUUCGUUCACGGGAAACCAUUUAAUAUUUUCUCUCUGUUCACACGGACCUUUGAUUUUCGUGCGGUUAAGGUGAUUCCGUGUGAACCGAACAAUUAAAUGUACGAAUUGUCAAUUCGUCCGUGGCCGUUUGAACGUAGCGUCAGGUGGUUGGCUCUUUAACGUGGCGUAUUGAGUAGGGUCUCGUAUUGGUAUGAAUCUGGACCCAGCCUCGCCUGGAAACUUUAAAGCAAGUGGUCUGUUUAUCAGGUUCUCUUUCCAGCCACUGGAGUAAAGUCUUUGUAUGUCUAAGGAAAUUUCAUUUAGCCUGCGUAGCAUUGCGGUUUUGAUUGGGCGCGCAAAGUGAUAUAAAGGCGGGCGAGCGGUAGUGCGUCCGACAAAACCAUCAUGCUACGCAGGCUAAGUUUCAUUCAGUUAGAAGAUUUUCCAUUUUGCAACUCAGUUGGCCGUUGUUAUCUUGUAUAUACCAUUUUAACUGAAGUUAAAUAACAUCUAUUUCCUUUCCUCCUUAUCUGCAGAAUUUCUUGGUAUGAUACGCGGCUCGCCCCGGUACUUUGACAGAGCAAAGGAAGACCCGGAUGAAGUCGAUGAUGUCGACUAGACGUGACGUCCAAUUUAGCGGCUGAUCUGAAAAGCUGUAUGUUCGUUUCCAGGACAUUUAUCUUACGAAAAUGUCACGAAACAAUACUGUAGUCCAACUCCAGUGGACUGGGUUCCUCGGGUUUCUUGUUCAACAAGAAACGUUAUUCUCCUUUUGAAUUCCGGAAGAAAGAACUACGAACCAUAUAAACACUGAUUUAGCGCGCGUGUAAAUUGCCACGCAAGAAAAAAAAAUGAUGUAAAUAGAUAUCUUUUUCUCAUUGAUUGGGGAAAGGUUUUUUUGGUACCUUUUUAAAGAUGUGGAAAAUGAGUGGAAAGAGGAAAUGGUUUUCUGCUGAAGAAGCAUUUACCAAGAUGACGAAGUGUUCGAUUUUUGACUUGAUUAGUUGGUAUUUUUUAGCCAUCUACCAAGAUAGAUGAAAUUUGUUGUUCAUUUUUGCAACAGUGGAUUUAAUAAUGUUACUGUAAUGGUAUCGAUGUUAAUUAAAUACUCCGUUUGCUUCUAAGUUCUGUUUAUUGUUAUCUUGAAACCUGGGGAUCGAGCAGUGGAAUACG